AUGCAUCUACCCAGCCUAUUGCUCCUCUGGCCUUUGGCCCUCCUAUGUCUGUCUGGCGUUCUCGCCAAUCAAGACUCUUCAAAGUACGAAUUGAUUUUGUACUGGCGCCUCAGGCAAUUCAUGAUCAACUCUGUCGGAGUAAAAGGAAACACCGUCGCACCGGAUUGCCCGAGCCCAUGCGACUUCAAAGCCUUCAUGCAAACACUCACCGUAAAAAGGAAAGGACCGACGCUAAAGAACCCAGAUGGCGUGACCAACCAAAAAGACGCCAAAGGGAGAGCACUCCAUCAGUAUUACCCGGAUUACGACAAAGACUUCACCGUUUUCACCGACAAGCUGUUUAGCGAUCCCGAGGCGGCUGUCAAGGCGCUUGACAAUGUUCAAUUCACCGGGCAAUUCAAGAAGGAAUCACAGUUCAAGGGCGCAAAGACCUUCGGUGAUAUCAUUUUAAGUGUCUCAGACGCCAUCAAGAAAUCCCAGGCAGCACUCGUCGCGGCCGGGAGGGACCCCAACGGCGGGUGGCUUAAGGAGAUCAGGAAUCUGGUCGGGAUCGCGGCCAAUGGGCGUCGCUAUAACCGGGCGACAGCAAUGACCGAGGAGUUCGAAAAAUGGCUUAAAGCAAAUGGACUCGAGGGUCUAGAGGUGAAAAAGACCGAUCCGAUUCAACGCGCGCCAUUUGUCUACCAGAAGAUAGAUCUUCAAGCGACAUAUGAUGAAGGUGUAAGGCGGGGCGUGAAAGGGAUAGAGGAUUGGGAAAUCAAGAUCAAGGUAUGGGCUGUGAUUCGGAACGCACAGGGCGCUGCUCUAGGCCAUGUUAGGUGUAUCCGUGGCCUUGACAAGAUUGCUAGGAUUCUGGACGCUAAAUGCAAGUAAACAGCUUGUCUACCCCGAAACGAGAGGUGGUUAUUGCUUUUCAAAUGGGCGUCUCCUCAAUUCAGCAGAAAAAUUAUAUUCAGCCUACAAAGAUACUUCAUCUUGGUUAAUACUUGCUUGAAAUGUAAUCUUCUUGCACCAAUAGUUGCUUCACUCCUUUAUCUGAGACCUGUUAUU